CGCAGUGCAUCGGCUACGGUGACAACAAGCGCUCUGCUCUUACGGACUCUGGGGGAACGAAGCAUCCGCGCUUCGCCAGUCCAUCAAAAAACAUAGGGUGGAGGGAUGCACCACCAAAACCCACAGCGGAGCAGGUCAGAUGGGCUGCCUGUCUGUAGGCACGGGUGGAGGAGACCCUGGCAUACAUCGGGCUACGUCUCACCGAGGGAGCACAUGGAGCACGAUGGCAGUGUUGUGUGGAAGCAGGAGAGUCCUGCUCUGCGUUAUUACACAGCUGACAGCGACCUAACCCCCACCUGCGUCUGGACCAAGACUGAUUCCUGCUCGACUGAAGGUGGGGGUGAUUUUGGAGAAGCCCACGCCUGCCGGGUGCCGGAUGGGCCCGGGGUCUGGGUGGACACGCCCCCUCAAACUGGUGAACCGAGAGAAGCGCCCCCUGGAGGACGCCACCCAAACGAAGCAUCAGAGCGGACCGGACUCGGCUUGGGCCCGUGCAAGAGUGGGCACCCAGCAUGGGUCUGUGGGAUGGCCAACCAGUGGCCAUGUCUUCCUUCUGCCUGUUUCAAUGUGACAAAGACGCUGGUGGUGGGCGUGGAGGUGGACGUUUUGGAGGAGCUCAUUUACGAAGACGUGGAAGUCCUGGACAUGGAGACAGCGUUUGAUGGGGGCCUGGAGCAAAACCUGAUGGAUUCCACUUCAUUUUGUUGUGACCAGCUGUUUCUUAAGUGACUUCGAUUAUUAUCAUUAUUAUGAUUAUUAUUUUCCCAGAUUUGCUGAUGCAUAUGUAUGAGGUGACGUAGCUGCAGUGUCUCUAGAAGAGGUGCUAUAUUCAGAAUAGUGUUCUAUGUCCUUCAGAGACUGGUCUUUUUUUUUUACUCAAAAGCAACUGAACUAAUAAAAGUUGUAAUUUACCAUAAAUAAAUGUCAAAAGAAAUUCUG